AUGUCGCAACAACGCAAUACCCCGGGCGAGCGAAGUUCAAUGCCUCAUACCGAUGGAAGUACCCAAGAUGCGUUGCAGGACAGUCCUUCGCUUCCACGGCGAUCAGAGGGUGGCUCCUUCCGGCGACCAGCUGGCUCCACGAGCGACGGCCGAGCGAGCGGGGAGCUCGAGGGUAGCACACUGGGGAGCAGCUCUCGUGAUGGUGAGCGAAGGACACCAGGUCAGCGCAGGACACAGAGCUCGAGUGGUUUUCUCCUAGACUCUUUGCCGCGCUCGUCAAGCCUGAGGAUCGGGUCGCAUCGGUCUCGCCCUUCGGAGCCAUCAAUAGAGAAACGCAGUGUCCCCGACGGUGAUAUCGUGGUACCUAAGAAAAGAUCGCGCUUUCCAUGGAGUCGUCAUAAGGAUGCGACAUCCGAAACAGCUCGAACGACUUCCGAGUCAACUGCAACGGCCGCUGAACAAGCCCCGACGCCACCCCAUGACGACCAACAAACUAAAACCCCGUCCCGGACGGCCUCUGGAACACAUGGCAAGAGCCAGGCUGCUGCGCCUGGUAUGGACAUGGACUCUCUUCAGAUUGUGAAUCUGGCUCUCAAUUUGAAUGAGUCUCGGAGGAGAACAGCCUCUGGGCUCGCCCCUGGUCCCCACGCGCGGAGACCUCUCUCGGUGUCGCAACCGGCGGCUGCACCCCUGGAACUUCUCCCACCGAGUUCCACGGGGAAGCAUGUACAGCGCGACUCUUCAGACCGUGAUUAUACUCAGAUCCCGGCCGAUGCAUCCCUGGAAGGUUCGCAAAUAACCGCAAAGUCCCCGGUGGUGGAUCUUCUGCCAUCUACUGUUGCGAACGACAACCGGUUUUACGAGUUUUCCGAAAGGACCCUCGCCCGUGCAGAUCGAGCUCGUCGUCAUUUUGAGCUCUUCCAGGAGUACUUACGACUGCUUCCCUCGUUGCCUCCACUGCGAAAACCCCAAAUCGCCGACGAUUCUGAUUCCUCGGAUGUCCCACCUCCCGUCGCAUCAACAAGUCGGGGCUAUAACCCGCUUCAGAUGAUUCGCAACCGAAAGAUUAGAUACCGAGAGAAAUGCCCAAUUGACCCAGAAGCUGCAGGCUGGCAUGACGUCGACAGGGUUCAUGACUGGGUCAACGCUAUCCAGAAACGUUACAGCGACACGACAUAUGACGAGAUGCAAAUAUUCAAGCUUCCAUCUUUCCAGCAAGGCCAACAUCAUGCUUCUCAUGGGGAUGCACAGGACUUCGAGGUGUCCGUCUCGCCUCCUGUUAGUCUGCGACGUGUCAGUCGUACUAAUAGUAUCAAAACAACACGCCCACGUCUUGACUGGACGAGCUCUCCAGCAGAGCUCCUAGCUGACGUUGCGUGGCUCGAGGACACUUCUAAUCGGGCUAAGAUCGUCGAUAGGGAUGGCAAUAAACUCUAUCCAGACCCUACAGAGCUGGUCUUGAUGGACAGCAGUGUGGAGUGCGCUCAGCAGAUACCACGUUUGUCGGUUGAGAUGGCAUACCUUAACCAAGAGGAGCUUCCGUCGCGGAACACCUCUUUGUCCAGCGCUCGGCCGGCUCUGGAACCCGAGUUCAAAAGUGUUGGUCGAGGUCGGCACAAACACAGGUUCCAGAGCCAUUCCCACAGCACACGAAGUCCCAGUGCUUCUAGCUCGCGAAAGCGCUCACGGUGGGACAAGGUCAAAAUGCGUGCUGGGAGUGUAUCUAGUAAUUCCAGCCCAGAGCGGCGGAAGUCUUCAGACAGAAGCCCUCGGGCUUGGGGACAUUCGCGAAAGGAGUCCGAGGCCCAGACGCAGAAGGAAGCUUCCAAUGUCCCCAAAUCGCAAACAUCUCGCUCCAAGUCUCCCGCUGCUGGUAUCAAAGACACAAGAAGAACUGAAACGUCCAAACUUCCACCACUCAGUACCAAGAGUCAAGUCGGCCGACAAGCUUCCUUUUCAUCCACUGGCAGUUUGGAUGAUAAAUUGAAUCCGAGAAUGUCAUUGGAGGCAAUGGAUAGCACCGCACCCAACUCUCCUGCUCACGCGGGCUAUUUCCCUAGCAUCGCGGUUAAGUUGUCUCCGCCCUCAAGUCGGUCUCCCUCACCAGCCAAGAAGGGACUUCGUCACAAGAUCGUCUCUCGUCACGAGCGAAGCAAAAGCAAGCAAGGCUAUCGAGACACCCGUGAGCAAGAAGACGAGAGUUUGGAUGCGGCUGAAUCCCAACCUUCUUCGCCAUCUCAGGAGCGUUCUGAGCGACCGUCUAAGCUUCAACCCAGCCCUCUUCCGGAUACUGUAUCUUCAUCUUAUUUCGAUGACCAAGGAGUUUCCGAGAGCCGCAUGGAUGGCUAUAGAGGGCGAAAGGGACAGCAUUUGCCAGAGUCCAGGCUUCGAGGAAUCUUCAAAGGCCCCGGCCGAAUUGCGGAGAUUGUUGGUAAUGAGGUCUCUAAGGUUGGUGAUUUGAUUCUGAAGAAGGAUUCAAUUCCUGAUUCCCGCAAAUCAUCAUCUGCGACUACGGUUGCUUCGGAAGAUAGCGAUUCCGACGAAGAUGAGAAGAGAACAGACAAACGCUCUGGGCCCAAAGGUCUACUACGACGUCUCCCCACUCUCACAGACGAGCCUGGUCGUCUCAUUCGUCGGGAAACCGAAAAAAUCACAUCAUCAAGAGCCUUUAAACCCACAUUGCCAACUUUCACGUCCCCGCUACGACAAGAUGAUAAGAGUGGAGCGUCGAGCGAUGCUGUUGAUGUCAGCAGUCCUCGUGAGCGCUCAGUCGCAUCUCGGCGACUUGAUGAGCGCGAAGGGCCGAAACGAAUUGCCCUGUCUCGUAGUAAAACGCUCGACUUUGGUCCAGCUCUGCAAUCGGCCCGUGGUCGCAUGAAAGGAUCACAUGCGAUCAAAGACCCUGCUAUACCUUUCAGCCUUACUCAACCCCCUGUGACCGGACUCGCUAGAGCUCGAGCAUCACCAGGGCCUCCCGAUAAACGGCCUGGUGCCAUGUCGGGUGCUAGUCGGGCCUGGAGCAUUUCAGGACGCAGUCUUCACUCAUUGAACGACUCUGGCGUUCCCGGCAAGACCGAAAUCGAGCGUACUCGUACUCUCCUUCUAUCAUCCGGCAUCAAAGCUCGGGAAAUUACCCGCCGAGCCCAUAGCUCGAGGGAUCCACCUCACUGGCUCACAAACUCCAUGGGCAACAAUUCCUCCGUCUCCCGAGUCGCUCGGAUUAGUGAAUUUGAUACCGCUGCCCAGAAUUUCCUGCGCCGGUUUGAAAUGACCCAGUAUUCAUUUCAACAAUCGAUGCAUCAUUUCUCUACUGCUACAUCAUCUCCUCUCCGCUCACAGCUAAAGGAUCUGGAAAUCCUGGUCAACCAGACGCUCACACCCCGCGUUCGAGCCACUGCCGAUAGUGCCGAGGACCUAUGUGUCCAACUUAAUACCACCAGUACGCUCGCCGUGAAAUCUCUCAGUGAUGCUCUCGACAGAGGUGUUCGAAAGCGUCGUCGACGACUGCGUUGGGUCCGACGUGCAGGUUUCGUUAUCCUGGAAUGGGCUCUUGUCGGCAUGCUUUGGUGGGUGUGGCUUAUUGUCAUGGCCUUUAAGCUUGUCCGUGGUGUCUUCCGUGGAGCCCUCUCCGGUGCGAGAUGGAUUCUCUGGCUCUAG